ACUACAUGUCGCAGCACCUAUAUUGUUAGGCGAUGAAAACGUUGAACAAGAAUUAGUCGUUACUGAUUUAGAUUAUCAAGUAAGUGACGACGAAAAUGAAGAUUCAGCUGCAGAAGAGGAACAAAGGUGGGAAAAUCUAAUUAACGAAUGGAUUGAGUUUGGAGAGCGUGAGAACAAAUUUGAAAACCAAGAUGAUGAAAUUUUAUUGUCAAGUGAAUGGGAUGCGGAUUUUAGUUUAGGAGGGCGAGAAAAACAUCCUGCUGAUGAUGAAACGGCCAAAUGGUCUUUAGAUUCACUUAUC